GAUAUGCUGGGGACACAGGAACUCAUUUAUCAACGCGCGCGCGCGCCUUCUAGCGGCCUUGCCCGUGUUCUGACAUCACGAUUAGGGUCUGUGCACGCGCCUCGGCAGCUGUUACAGAGCGGAGUCUGCAGAGGACAGGAGCUGUGAAGCUGCAAACAUGGCAACGGGGACAGCAGAGGCAGAAAACCGGCAAAGGCUGCUAAAGACAGUCAAGAAGGAGGUGAAGCAGAUCAUGGAAGAGGCAGUUACCAGGAAAUUUGUUCAUGAAGACAGCAGCCAUAUAAUUUCAUUCUGUGCUGCAGUAGAAGCUUGUGUGCUGCACGGAUUAAGACGCAGGGCUGCCGGUUUCUUAAGAAGCAACAAAAUAGCUGCAUUAUUUAUGAAGGUGGGGAAGAGUUUUCCACUUGCUGAAGAACUUUGCAAGAAAGUUCAAGAACUUGAACAGCUGUUAGAGAACAAAAAGAAUCAGAUGCACAUUAUGCAAGAGAAUGUACGCAAAACACUUAAGUUGCCAAACUUGUCCCCACAAGCCAUCAAACACCUGUGGAUUCGAACUGCACUCAUAGAAAAAGUCUUAGAUAAAAUUGUACUGCAUCUGGUGGAGAAUUGCAACAAAUAUUAUGAGAAAGAAGCCCUUUUAAUGGACCCAGUCGAAGGUCCAAUUCUUGCCUCAUUGCUUGUUGGUCCCUGUGCCCUGGAGUACACAAAGAUGAAAACUGCAGACCACUUUUGGACUGAUCCAUCCGCAGAUGAGCUUGUUCAGAGGCACCGCAUUCACAGUUCCCACUGCCGACAAGACUCGCCCACCAAGAGGCCUGCGCUUUGUAUUCAGAAAAGACAUUCGAGUGGAAGUAUGGAUGACAGACCAUCAAUGUCAGCACGAGACUAUGUGGAAUCAUUACACCAGAAUUCAAGAGCGACUCUUCUGUAUGGAAAAAACAAUGUCAUGGUCCAGCCUAGGGAUGAUAUGGAAGCAAUCCCAGGCUAUUUAUCCCUUCACCAAACGGCAGAUACCAUGACUUUAAAAUGGACCCCAAACCAGCUCAUGAAUGGCUCUGUGGGGGAUUUAGACUACGAGAAAAGUGUCUACUGGGACUACGCAAUGACUAUUCGUCUAGAAGAAAUUGUGUACUUGCACUGUCACCAACAAGUAGACAGUGGGGGCACAGUAGUCCUUGUGAGUCAGGAUGGAAUACAAAGAUCGCCCUUAAGAUUUCCACGGGGUGGACAUCUUCUGCAGUUCCUUUCCUGUUUAGAAAAUGGCCUUCUUCCACAUGGACAGCUGGAUCCUCCUCUAUGGUCCCAAAGAGGGAAGGGAAAAGUGUUUCCAAAGCUAAGAAAAAGAAGUCCACAGGGGUCCUCUGAGUCAGCAUCAGACAAGGAAGAAGAUGAAGCCACAGAUUACGUGUUCAGAAUAAUAUACCCAGGGAGUCAGUCUGAAUUUGUUACUGUGCAUCGUCAUUUUCAUCCUUCAUUUACUCACCCUCCCAGCAACACCUCCAUUUACCAUCUGAAGUCCAAGAGCCCAGCAAGCCAAACUGCAGUGGUCCAAUCAGAUCCAGAGCGACUGCACAAUCCCCUCACCAUGCCGGUAGCUCAAGAAUUAAUAGACCCUCAGGGGGGAGGGUUGCCUGCUAUGUGGCAGCCAAGCACACGCAAAUCCUCAUGUUCCUCUUGUUCACAAAGUGGGUCUUCAGAUGGUGGCCCCUCUAAUGGCUGCAACCAUGAAAGAGCCCCUCUUAAAUUGCUGUGUGACAAUAUGAAGUACCAGAUUGUUUCCAGGGCCUUUUACGGGUGGCUCGCCUACUGCAGACAUCUGUCUACUGUUAGAACACACUUAUCAGCGCUAGUUAAUCAUAGGAUUGUAUAUCCAGACAUGCCAGUUGAUGCAAGCAUUGGUUUAACAGUGGACAUCUGGCAGAAGUAUUUAGAGGACAGUACGCGUUUCGAAGAACAAGAGCUUUUACGUCUUAUUUACUAUGGGGGGAUUCAGCAUGAGAUCAGGAAGGAAGUUUGGCCUUUUCUUCUUGGUCAUUAUCAGUUUGGGAUGUCCCAAGCAGAGAGAAAAGAGGUGGAUGAUCAAAUCCGUGCUUGCUAUGAACAAACCAUGGUGGAAUGGCAGGGCUGUGAAGCCAUUGUUAGGCAAAGAGAGAAGGAAACUCAUGCAGCUGCCCUGUUAAAGUGCUCAUCUGGUGCCAGUUUGGACAUUCAAAUCCAAAGAAUGAUGCACAGGGAUUCUACAGUGAGCAAUGAGUCAUCUCCAAGCUCCAGUUCCGACCAACAAAAACAUGUGCGCUUGCAGAGUGACUCUAGUACAAGUACACAGGUUUUUGAAUCAGUUGAAGAAGUAGAACAAACAGAAACCAGAAUUGAAGAUAGCAAACCAGCAAAGGUUACCAACGGUACGGUCCUUAAUGGAACUUCAUCUCCAGAUUCAGGUCAUCCGUCCUCUCGGAAUUUCUCUAUUACAUCUGGGUAUUCAGAACACAGCUUCAGUACAGAUGAUACCGCUUCUAUGGAGACAAAUAAAAGCAACAUGUACCUGCAAACAAAACCAGGAAUUGUCAGUGGUAAAAAGGAGAACGGUUUGGACAAUAUCCUUUUAGAUAACAAAAUGGCAGAAGAAGAAAAUCCAAUUCAGGAUAGCUUAAGCAUAGAAGCAACAGCCAAUGAAAGCUUGGAUGAUUUUCUUUCUAUCAGUGAGAAUGUAGAGGAUAUAAUACUGGAUAAGGAUACUGCAGUACUUUCAGUUGUGGAAGCAUGGCCUGACAGUGAAGCUGAGAAGGAGAGCCUAGUUGGAAGUGAAGACAAUUUAUCUGAAGAGCCAGAGAUGGAGAGUUUGUAUCCACAGCACAAUUCAUUGGUUGUAAUUGAUGCAACUGUGUCUGCAGUAUCUCCUGUUUCAUCCAUAGGAGUUGCAUAUUCACAAGAACUCUUAGAUAUGUACACCAUCAACCUCCACCGCAUAGAAAAGGAUGUGCAGAGAUGCGAUCGCAACUAUUGGUAUUUCACACCGUCCAAUCUGGAGAAACUUCGCAAUGUGAUGUGCAGCUAUGUGUGGCAGCACAUUGAGAUUGGAUACGUGCAAGGGAUGUGUGAUCUACUGGCGCCUCUCUUGGUAAUACUAGAUGACGAGGCACUUGCUUUCUGCUGCUUUACUGAGCUAAUGAAAAGGAUGAACCAAAAUUCCUUUGGAGGUGCCAUGGAUACCCACUUUGCCAACAUGAGUAUCUUUAAUACAGAACUGGUUUACGACGAUGUCUUCUCGGGUUUGGAGACCAUCUCAGCCAAGCAUGUGACCUCCUCUCACUUUGUCCUGUUCAUUGCAUUGGCUUUAGUUGAGGUAUAUCGAGACAUUAUCUUGGAAAACAAACAUGGACUUUAUGAUAUUAUCAAGUUUUUUUCAGAAAUGGCUGAGAGACACAAUAUAAAGCACAUCCAAAAGCUUGCACGGGAUUUGGUGUACAAGGUUCAGACCCUGAUUUGAGAACAAGUGAAGACGACACACAGACAUACAACACUCAAAUUAGCACCUGGAUAUCACUACUCAGCAGUGCAAAGGGCAUGAAAAUGCCUAGUUAGCCAAUGUAUUUUACUAUGUAAGUGCCGCAAACAGAAGCCAAUUGAAGUAGCAAAGGAAACUGCUACAGCAUGAAAGGGUUUUCCUGUGUUUUUCUUUCUAUUCAUAGUUUAACCUUUGAUUCCUUUGACCUUGUUCAUUUUUUGUAAAACCAAAGACUCAGAAAUCAGAAACUACUUCUCAUUAAUUUUAUGCCCAGAUUAGAAUGCACAACCCAAACCUUGCAUAUGCUUUUUUCAUAAACGUUGUGUGUCCAAUAGAUACUCCAGAAUACUUGCUAUCUAUGGACUGAAGUUCAUCUUGUAGCACAAGUUAGAGAACAUAGAUACAUCAGCCUUACAAACUGGGUGUAGGUUAUAUAUGCACACAAAAAAAUACAUUAAAGUUUUUUUUAUUAUUAUUUUAAGUUAGUUAGACAUAGGAUAGUUUAGAAAAGCAAGACAAAUUAUGUUUUUAAUAUAUUUUUUCCAUAAUAAUUGAGAUUGAAGGAUUACAGGAUACAUUUCCUUUAUACAGAGUGAAAUAUGCCCAGGUAUUGGUUGAUGUGCCAAAUGUAAUGUGCAUGUCCACCCUGCAGUUAUAUACAACCUUGGUUCAAUGCCUUUUUCUUCCCAGGGAAAAAUUUUUAUAGGCAUUUUAUUUUAUUUAGGAUGAAGCCUUGAUUGCGUCACAUAAGCAAUGCCUAUAGAGUUAAUUUGCACAAGGACACUUCUGAUAUUUUCAGAUAUCAAUAUGGAGAUUUGAUAAAGUUUCCAGUGUUAGAUAUUAUCACUUACGCUAUAAAGAAUGUGAAAGAGACACAAAAUAGUGGCGUUCAUAAAUAAUUUAUCAUUAUUGUAUUGUUUAACUGAACAACACAAGCCUGACCUCUAGCCUAUAAUUUUCAUUAAUUUAUUCCGUUUAGCGUUUAUAAUAGGGCUAACCCAUACUUCUCUACAGUACACAUUACAAUUAACAGAAUCGUCAAUUUAAGUAAAACAUAAUGCAACAUUCAAUAAAUAACUGCCCAAAAAUAGAACAUCCUAUUCAAUAUGUAUAGUAGCUAUUCCCCUCUCACCAUCACCCUUUGUAAGUCUUCCUACAUCCCGUUUAGACUAUAAGCUCAGGGAUGUAUUUUCUUUCAUUUUUCAAUGACUGCACUGCUGCCUAUAUGUUCUGUUAACUCACUUUAAACCACUACAUACAUAGAAAUCUAGUCAAUACCCAGAUAACCACUCAAAGGGAAAUAUAUUUAAAGCUGUAGUUACUCCAAAUCUGUUAUCAGGUUUGUGUUUGUUUUUGUUUUUUAAUUGCAUGCAUUUUUUUGCUAAUUUGCAUAGUCCAUGGAUGGACCCAUAUUUACCGCAGUUACAAUCAUAAUUCUGCAAACUAGUUAAAAAUAUGAUGUGAAUAGAAAUCUUUGACUUAAAUCCCUGUUUUAUUUUGAGAAUCCAGCUUCCUUUUGGCUUUGUGUUUUCUUUUUAAAUCACUGUCCAGAUGCUUUUUUUUCUGCUUGUUAAAGACCCCAUUAGCUUUGUUCCUUGGAGCCAAAUGUUACAUUUCAGUAGUAAUCAUUCAAUAUAUAUACUUGGCUCACAAAUUAAAUCUUACCCAUUAAUGAAAAUAACAAAGGAACCCCAUUUGUUUGGCACAUUCUGUCUCUACAAGAUUCAGGAAACUCGGGCAAUCACUUUAGGGUGGGAAGAGGGAAAUCUCUCACCCAUUUGCUGCUAUAUUUAGGUGUAUUUCAUGUAACAGAGGAUGGAAUUUGAACGUCAAAGUAUACUUUCCUUAAAAUAAUUAGUAACACUUACUAGAAUCAGUGUCAUAUACAGUUUUAUCAUUCACAAUUAACUUUACCACAGGAGCACAAAUAUCCUAUAAAUACAGUGAACUGAAUGUAAUAAACUUUAUAUUAUAUCAACCAGCACUCUUCUAACAGCGCCCCUAUAAGCAGUCAUACAGUUUAUGCUUGCAACAUGUAAAGCCUUGAUGUUCUUUAACACAGAGAAGAGAUAAAAACCGGACUAUUUGGUGUUUAGGGCUGACUGUUAACUAGAGAGCACAAAAUAUAUAUUCGUUCUCUCACUUAUGAUAAACUAGUAGGUCAGACAAGGUGUUUUGGGAUAGUAUAGAGCAAAGCUGGUAAACCUUUUUAAGAGCAUGUGUCCAAAUCGGGUUACCUUUUUAAAAUUUAAAUUAAAAAAACAUUAAAGUUUUUUUUUAUUCUUAUUAUAAAUCCAUAAUAUAUUUUAGCAAAUUAAACAUUUUUGUUGAUAUAUAGUAUGGAUACUUAAGUAUUAUGGUGGUAGUCCCGAGACAGGGGACCUUAAGCACUAGUGUCAUAGGUUUACCAGCCCUGGGUAUACAGCAUAUGGCUUUAGAUACAAUGUUUUUUUGUAUCACAGUGGCUGACUUAAGUAUAUUCUUACAAACCUAAUAUAAUGCAAUGAAGAGGUUUUGUUAGCAAGCAAUUAUAUAUCCGUAGCCAAUUAUUGCCAGUAGAAUUCUAACUGCCAUGUACUGAACUGGUUCCCAGAAUAAAUAGAAAUUAAUUGUAAAUAUCACUUGUUGACCUCAUCACAGAAAUAUUACCAUAGGUUUCACUGUUGACUGCUGUAUUUUGGGAAAUAUCUUUCAACAUCCUAUAUAUUAAGAAACACAAUGGAGUGUCUACAAAACAGUAGCAAGUUGUGGCUUUGUAAGUCUUAUACCUAAUAUUCUUCUAAUUACCUUACAACCUUUAAAAAAAAAGUCUAUUUGUGUCUCUGAAUAAGUGUUUUUGAAUAACUUAUGAUGAAAAAAAAGUAUUUAUUUAUUUAUUCUAUUUACUGUACAUUUCUGUAUGUCAUUGUAAAACUCAGUGUGUAUGUGUGUGAAUCAUCUAUCAGUGGAGAUAACUUUUCAAUGUUGCAGACAUAUCUUGUAAAUGUUUCAGAGGAUACUGUCUUUGUGUGUGUGUGUGAAUCUGGAGAGGAAUAAGAUAUUAUUAUUUUUCAAAGAGAAUUUUGUUUUUAUGAAUGAUAAGGACACAUUGUAUAAGCCACAAUAUGUAUCCGAAUAUGUCCUAUUGUACUAGGUAUUAUUUUGUUGCAUCUGCAAAAGGAACGCUCUUUAGUAACCAAUAUUAUGAUGUUUUAUUCUAUACAGCUCUCCGGCUUUAUUUAAGAUAGAGUCUCUGUACUGCAAAAUGAACACUCCCUCAGAUUACAUAUGGAGUAUAGUGACCAGAUAACAGAAAGUAGCCCUUCAAAAUGUAAAAAAAAGCCUAGGGAUGUAUACAGGUGACUCAGGCUUGGCUUGCUUUCUAGAUGGAAUGAAAGAGGACUGUCACUUUAUUAAAGGAGGACUGUCACUUUAUUAAAGGAGGACUGUCACUUUUAUUCCUAUUUUGAUAUUAACUAACUUUUUCUCUUUCCAUUGAUUUGGUGAACUUUACAGAUUUAUCAGUGUGUUUCAUUUAUGUAAUUUCCUAGAGCUAGAGUGGAUGACCUUUAGACAUUAUAGCCUAAUGCAUGCAGCAAGAUGGUAGCUCUUCAGUAGCACUGCAUGACACGUUAACAGCAUUUAUUUUGCAUGCAGUGUUUCAUCAUGCUAAGCCCUAUGUUGCCCUGGAUCUGCCAUUGGCAGUUAUACUGCACAGUGAAGAACAUGGGUUUAAUUCACUCAAAUAAAUACUUUAUGGGAUAAAUACUUUAAAUAACUAAAUAAAUAAACAAAAUGACCAAACAAGACUGUAAAUAUAUAUGCACUCAGAGGACUGCUUGGAGAGAAAUAAACUCACAAAUCUAAAAUGAACAUUAACUUUUAAAGAAACAUAUUAGACAGACAGAUUACUAAAACAGUAAGGGCUAGAUUACAAGGAGAGCGCAAAAUAUUGCUUCCGCAAAAGUGAUAUUUGCACUCAACUUAGUAAGAUCAGUGCACUCAAUUGUGCGCUGUUAUUACAAGUGAGGUCCAAUGCGAGCAUGACCUUGCGUUCACAUUGCACAGAAGAAUUGCGCUCACGAGAGUGCGCUUCCAUAGGCUCCAAAGGGGGUAAGUCGCGCAGCGAUCGGCAGCAAUUUUAAAUAUAUAUGUAUAUGCCUAUUUACAUAUAUAUUUAUGGGUUUAUAUGUGUAUAUACAUAUAUCAAUAUAUAAAUACAUAUGUAUAUAAACAUAUAUCGUACAUAUAUAUUUACAGGGAACACACAGUUCCCCAUAGAGUGCAAUGAAAAGGCACUUUUUUGUGCGUUUUUUUUUUUUUUUUUUUAAAGAGACCUCACAUGUUAUUAUGGGGGCAAUUGGGGCACAUUUAAAAAAUCUAACCAGAGGUCUAACCUCUAGUUAAUUUUUUGACGACUAAUUGCUACCGCAAGCUCGCCCAUUUACGGUUGUGUGAUAAAUUAGCUCUCCACUUGUAAUCUAGCCCUUAGUAAAUUGUGAAUUAUGUUCACAACAUAAAAAGUCAAAUUUAGCGUAGCAAAUCCAAUAAAAAAAUCACAUAGAUCAUGGCCUCUAUUUAACAAGGUCUGGCGGACCUGAUCCGACAGUGCGGAUCAGGUCCGCCAGACCUCGCUGAAUACGGAGAGCAAUACGCUCUCCGUAUUCAGCAUUGCACCAGCAGCUCACAAGAGCUGCUGGUGCAACGCCGCGCCCUGCAGACUCGCAGCCAAUCGGCCGCCAGCAGGGGGUUGUCAAUCAAUCGAUCGGGUUGAUUUCCGGCGAUGUCUGUCCGCCUGCUCAGAGCAGGCAGACAGGUUAUGGAGCAGCGGUCUUUGUGACAGCUGCUUCAUAACUUAUGUUUCUGGCGAGUCUGAAGACUCGUCAGAAAAACGGUCCUUAAAGCUCCGUACGGAGCUUGAUAAAUAUGGGCCAUUGAAUCUUAGAGUAUUUCCCUCAAUGGUAGAAAACACUGAUAAAUGUGUAAAUAGCCAACAGUAUACCAGUAUGUUACCAGUGGUUUGCCGGUGUGCUGUUUAUUUGCAAACACAGAGCUAAAUAACAAAGAUUCAAUAUAAAUGUGUAUAUUCUGCACUACUUCCUUAUCCUGUUUCAUGUGACCUUUAAAUAAACUUGAUGCUGUUAAAUAUAAUAAAAAUUAAAUAAAUGCAGCACAUAUGAGGGGAGUGCAAAGCUUGUUUCAAAAUCUUCUAGAUAUGCAUAUAGUAUAGUUACCAUAACAAGUUGUAAUGAACUCCCCAAUCUUAGUGAAUAAUGGUGUAGAUUUGUUUAGUAGGGACUGAUUUAAAGGAUGUCUACAAAUAGGGCAACCUCAUCAUAUCACGUUAUCAUAUCAUGUGCUAUGACGUCUUACAUCACGGUGUAUUCACAAUAGCACAUAGAUUAUUUCAUGAGGGAGCACAUAUUGUACAAAUACCUCAUUCUGAAUAUUAUUAUUAAGAUGCAACAAAAUAAAAUCUUUAUAUUUGCUUUACUUUUGUGAAACAUUUCAAAGUGGUGAUGACAAUGUUUUCUCGGGUGGUUUUCUUUUACAAAGUAUUCAAAAUCUGGAUAACUUUAUAUAAAAAAUUUUAGCAUAUGUUGAGUAACACCUUGAAGACCAAAGCAGCAUAAACAAUUGGUUGACAAAUGUCACAGAACUUUCAGAACCUAGCUAGAUGGUUUUUUUUAACAAGCUGCUAGCUACCUAAUUUAAUUAUAUUACAAGUACAAAUACCCCAUUUUCCCCAUCAGUAAAUCACAAUCUUCUCUGCCUGUACCUUAGCGUUGGUUUGGUUUUUAUGUUCUAAAAUGCAAAUGCUAGUCUAUAUUAAAAACAACUAUUACCUUUCUGAUUACAGUACUGUACUAUCUUUUUGAUCUUACUAUGUAUACAAAAGUAUUAAAAAUUAUAUAAAACUACCUUUAGGUUGUGUGUAUAAUCUGUAAUAUGUCGUAGAAAUACUGCCUAAAUGGCAUAAGAUGUCAUUUAGGCAAGUUUGGUAGCUUACAGCUCCAUUUCUUUCAUGCAGAUGGUAAAGAGUCCAUGAUCCAUUACUCCUGGGAAAGUGAGAUGUGUUUUAUAGAGCUCUUGGGGUUUGGGAAUAUUUGCCUCCUCCUAGUGGCAAGGAAGAUAAAUCCCAGGAGUAAUGGAUUGUGGACGCUCACCAUCAUGAAAGAAAUUCAUUUAUCAGCUAAGAAUAAAUUAUGUUUUUUAACGACUCAGUGGAAACAAGCCCUUAGUUUUGCUUAUUACAGUUUUUCAUCUCUGCCUUAAAGUGAGUCUUUUUGUAGUUUAAGCUUCCUGUUGUAUAUCUCAGAUACUUGUUUUUACUGUAUAGAGUAAAAUUCUAAGCAUUUUUGAAAAGCGUUUUAUUGUCAUCCUUUUUGAGAAGUGCUCUGUAACAAUGAAAACUGAAUAGUGUAGCUAUAAUGUAAUUUCUAGUGAAGUUUUGUUCCACAAAGCUGCAGGUUUUCAGAUAUUUUAAAUAUAUUUGAGAAGUCAUCAAGACUAUUGCAGACUGCAGAAUAUUCGCUAGGUGUAAUGGAUAAUGGUAAAUAUCAGUAUUGCUUAAGUAGGACCUCUUUAUGCUUCUGUUUCGACUCACAUGAUUCAAGAUUUGCCAAGUAUUUAAUAAAGAGCUCAUAAACCUGCAUGUUGCCGGAUUGUCUCAGUUUGUCUUCUCUCUCCCUCCUGACACUAAAUGACUUGUGUCUCUAUUUCACAAAGUAAAAAACAUUACCCAGAAAUGCCUAACUGUGCCCUGGCACACCUGCCCCUGUUCUGCCCUCAUCUGUACAGUCCUACAACUAACAGUCAAUGUUGGGAGGUCUAUUCAAAUAUUCCAUCCUUUUGCUCACUAUGCCUAGAGGAACACAGAUGCACAUAACUACUGAUAUAUGCCUGGGGCUGCCCUUUGUUUUUUAGUUGACUAAAUAAUUAUGUGAUGUUUUAAGACUCUGAGGCCCAUUUAUCAAGCUCCGUAUGGAGUCUUCAGACUCGCCAGAAACACAAGUUAUGGAGCAGCGGUCUAAAGACCGCUGCUCCAUAACCCUGUCCGCCUGCUCUGAUGAGGCGGACAGGAAUCGCCACAAUUCAACCCGAUCGAGUACGAUCGGGUUGAUUGACACCUCCCUGCUGGCGGCCCAUUGGCCGCGAGUCUGCAGGAGGCGGCGUUGCACCAGCAGCUUUUGUGAGCUGCUGGUGCAAUGCUGAAUACGGAGAGCGUAUUUCUCUCCUCAUUCAGCGAUGUCUGUCGGACCUGAUCCGCACUGUCAGAUCAGGUCCGACAGACACUUGAUAAUUCGGCCUCUAAAUGUAUAGGUGGAAACCAACAGAAUUAAACAAGUGUAGUUCUUCUUUGUGAAGGGCAUACAUGAGCAACAAGGAGCCUGCUUUUUAGCUUUUUGCUCAUUCUCAGCUGGUUGUAUCUGAAUGAGUUUUAUUGUAAUAGGUCAUGUUAUGCUGGUUUGGUCUUGGGAUCAAUGUUUAUGCACACAUAUUUAUAUAAAGAGCUAUAUACAUAUAUCUGUAUGUUUCAUUUUGCCUUGACGUGUUCAACAUUUGUUAAAGCCAGUCUUGGAGCUCAACAUAAUGCUAAAAUGUUUUUAUAUGAUUGUAUUCAUGUUUUUAUUUUUUUUAAUUGUAAAUUGCUAUUUACUGUUGUUGAAAGAGAUGAACUCUUAAAAAAUAUAUAUUCUAUAUGGUAUAUGUAUUUUCAAACAAAUAAACUACUUGUUGUUAUUUA